AACGAUUUACGCUAAAUGGGAAAUAUCAACAAGCGGUCGUCGCCCAAGGACCGGUGCAGUCGACGAUCUGCUACCGAGAUGGAGGGAUUGGGUGCGCUGAAGGACGAUGCUGCCUUCAAGGCUAUUCAAGAUUAUUAUAACAAAAAUGGAGCAUCACUCAACAUUCCAAAGCUGUUUAAGAAUGAUCAAGACCGUUUCAAGAAAUUGAGUGCAACCUUAGAUACUCCAGCAGACGGCCCGAUUCUUCUCGACUUCAGCAAAAAUCGGAUUGAUGAUGAAGGGCUUAAACUUCUGCUUGAUUUGGCUCGCAGCCGUAAGGUGCCAGAGGCACGAGAUGCGAUGUUCAGUGGCGCACCAAUCAACUUCACGGAGAGUCGCUCGGUGCUACACGUGGCGCUCAGGAACAGGAGCAACACACCCAUCACUGUGGGGGGGCAGGACGUAAUGCCGGGGGUGAACGCAGUGCUCGACCACAUGGAGCAGUUCUGUGACCAGGUGAUCUCGGGUGCCUGGAAGGGCUACACGGGCAAGGCGAUCACGGACGUCGUCAACAUCGGCAUCGGAGGCUCAGACCUGGGGCCUCUCAUGGUGACGGAGGCCCUGAAGCCCUACGCCCGCGGCCCACGCGUGCACUUCAUCUCCAACAUCGACGGCUCCCACCUCGCCAACACCGUCAAAUUGUUGUGCCCAGAAACGACGCUGUUCAUCAUCGCCUCGAAGACGUUCACGACGCAGGAGACGCUCACCAACGCGUCCUCCGCCAAGACCUGGUUCCUGGAGGCCGCUAAAGAUAAAUCGUUGGUAGCCAAACACUUCGUUGCGCUGUCGACGAACGCUGCUAAAGUGAAAGACUUUGGCAUCGACGAGGCGAACAUGUUCGGCUUCUGGGACUGGGUGGGCGGACGCUACUCGCUGUGGUCCGCGAUCGGUCUCUCCAUCGCCCUCAACAUCGGCUUCGACAACUUCAAGAAGCUGCUGGAGGGCGCCCACUUCAUGGACCAGCACUUCUGCUCAGCGCCUCUACACCAGAAUCUGCCUGUGUUGUUGGCCGUGUUGGGGAUCUGGUACAACAACUUCUACGGCGCCGAGACGCACGCGCUCCUGCCGUACGAUCAACACCUGCACCGCUUCGCUGCAUACUUCCAACAGGGCGACAUGGAGAGUAAUGGCAAGUACGUGACCCGCAGCGGUGCUCGCGUGGACUACAACACAGGACCUAUCGUGUGGGGGGAGCCCGGCACCAACGGCCAGCACGCCUUCUACCAGCUCAUCCAUCAGGGCACGAGGCUCGUGCCUGCUGACUUUAUUGCCAGCGCCGUGUCUCAUAACCCCAUCGCUGCUAACCUACACCACAAGUUGCUGCUCGCUAAUUUCCUCGCACAAACUGAAGCGUUGAUGAAGGGUAAAAGCUCUGAAGAGGCGCGCGCUGAGCUUGAAGCCGCGGGCAUGGAGAAGGAGAAGCUCGAGAAAAUAUUGCCGCAUAAGGUGUUCGAGGGCAACCGCCCCACCAAUUCCAUCUUGCUGAAGCAGCUCACGCCCUUCACCCUCGGGGCUCUCAUUGCCAUGUACGAGCACAAGAUCUUCACCCAGGGCGUCAUCUGGGACAUCAACUCCUACGACCAGUGGGGUGUGGAGCUGGGCAAGCAGUUGGCCAAAGCCAUAGAGCCCGAGCUACAGGACAACACGCCCGUGUCGUCGCACGACUCCUCCACCAACGGUCUCAUCAACUUCAUCAAGAAGUGGUUGUAGAUUUCUUCCAUUAAGAAAUUGCGUUUGAUUCAGUUGUCUUGUUGAUUAUGUAAGUUAGACUGUAUAAGUAGUUGAUAAUACUGUUCGAGUGGGUCUUAUGACAUAAUAAUAAUAAUGACACUACACGGAGCAAUAACUGUUCCUUAAAAUGUUAGUUGAAAAAGUUUGAGUUCGAAACGUGUAAAUGCUUAUGAAAAGUUGUAGAGCAGGGAUAGAAUUAUCGGCUGAGACCCGCGCGUUCUGCAGCUAUCUUGCAAGAAAAAAUUUAUAACUAUCUUCACGCACCGCGACCUUUCGUUUACUUAAUAUUGGUCGUAAGUGCAAAAUCUUGCCUCACAUUCGUUCGUGUAUGUUGUAUCCUGGUUAAGUAGUUUCUUAGCAGUUGGGCGGAGAAAUUCUUCGGCAACGAUCAUGGUAGUUAUACUUAGCAAGAUCUAGUCCAGUACUAUAGAAUCCUAAACCCUAAUUGUUACAAAGUACGAACGGUAUUCUGAAAUAAAAUUUCCUCAAGACAGAUCGUACAUAUUUCUUCCAGGUUAUUUUCGCAUCACGUAAAGAUCAUGGGCUCUUGGUCAGCAAGUUCUUAACGAAAUAACUCCAGGUGGUAACACUUUAUAUAAUAAGCUUUAUAACAUUUCGCAGUUUAUGAAAUUAAAACCUCCAACUCUC